GCCCCGUUGCCUGCAGCCAUGUUGCAGAAAGCCCGGAGCCGGGGCCGGUCCGGUUCCCAGGCCGACAGGGAUGGGGGCCGCGGCGCCGCCGAGGAGACACCGAGCACGUCCCGCGGGCCGGGCGGCUCGCAGGAGGCGCUGCGCGCGCCGCAGGUCGGGCCCAGGACGCAGAGGCAGCUGGAGCUGAAGGUGGCGGAGCUGGUGCAGUUCCUGCUGGUCAGGGACCAGAAGAAGAUCCCCGUCAAGCGCACGGACAUCGCGAAGCACGUGCUGGGGGACUACAAGGACGUGCUGCCGGACCUGCUGCGGCUGGCCGGCGAGCGGCUGCAGUACGUGUUCGGCUACAGGCUGGCGGAGCUGGAGCCCCGGAGCAACGCGUACGUCCUGGUGAACACGCUGGAGCCGGUGGAGGAGGACGCGGCGCUGCGGGGCGACCAGGGCACGCCCACCACGGGCCUGCUCAUGAUCGUGCUGGGGCUCAUCUUCAUGAAGGGCAACGCCGUGAAGGAGACGGAGGUGUGGGACUUCCUGCGGCGGCUGGGCGUGCACCCCACCAAGCGGCACGUGGUCUUCGGGGACCCCAAGAAGCUGCUCACCGAGGACUUCGUGCGGCAGCGCUACCUGGAGUACCGGCGGAUCCCGCACACGGACCCCGUGGACUACGAGUUCCAGUGGGGCCCGCGCACCAGCCUGGAGACCAGCAAGAUGAAGGUGCUCAAGUUCGUGGCCAAAGUCCACAACCAGGACCCCAAGGACUGGCCGGCGCAGUACUGCGAGGCCCUGGCGGACGAGGAGAGCCGGGCCAGGCCCCAGGCCCAGCCCGGCGGGCCGGCCGCCACCUGCUGAAGCCCGGGGGUGGGUGGGUGGGCUCGCCUCCACGGCCCUGCUGUCUGCUCCCCGGCCGCCGCCGCGAAGCAGACUUGGGGGAGCGGCGGCUUUGCCCCCACCCGCACCCCCGGUUCAGACUUUGCUGUGUUGUUGUUACUUUGUAUAAAAUCUUGCUGGCUCUGUAAGACCAGCCGGAGCGCUUCGUGCCGUGCCCUGGGACAGGUGUUUUAGAAAGAGCACGUAAGCGCAGGACCUCGGUGCCCAAAAGAUAAAAGCAGAGAAGUUAUUUUACAUCUCCUACCCAAAUUUGUAAGGAAAAUAAAGCUCUUUGCAAAGUUGA